GAAAGUAUCAGCGUCGUAUCUUAGAGAGAGAGAGAGAGAGAGAGAAUCAGCGUUGUUUGGUAGAAGUCGAUAGAUCGAUGCCUUCCCUUCAGACUGCGUUACCACCCGAACUCGCCAACAAUGUCAUCAGACUUUAUCGAGAGUGCCUCCGGAGAGCGAAGUUCAUCGGUCACCGGCAACACAAUACAAAGCUUGUUGUCGAUAUGGUGAGGCAGCAGUUCAAGAAAAAUAUGCACGAGACUGAUCCAGGGAAGAUCCAGAAGAUGAAGGAUGAUGCAGCGAGGGGCCUUAUCAAUCACAUUCUUUAUGAAUCUGAGAAGCUUACAGGGCGUAAAUUCACAAGCUCUUGAUGUUUUGUAAUGCUAGGGCUGGCGAUGAAUGAUUUUCCCCGAAUUUUGUAUCCUCUUACUAGUGAGCUGACAUUAUAUAUAGUGUUCUUUUUUGUCA